CUGUAAGACUAAGUGGACUUUCAAGACCUCCAAAAAAGUGCAACCCCCAAGCCGGCGAGUGCUAAAAAAUGUCCAUGUGUAAGAAAAUGCCGUUAGCCUGCCGGGGCCUCGCCGUUUGAACUGAAACGACCUCCAUGACCGUGACUUAUCUGACGUCUCUGCGGCCUGACUCUACGACGCACGCGCCCAUAUGGGAGAAUACAAUAAUAACAAGAGGGUACUUUUCGCUGAAGAUGUUGGCAGCAGAAAAUGUGGGAAGCAAAGAUCUGCGGCUAUUUCAAUAUCCUCUAUAUCCGCGGCUGGGUGGGGUCUACGCUUCGGACACGGCUUCGCCCUGGGGUUCAAGGAAGCAAAAUGUUUUGCGCAAUGCUUGAUCAGCCGCGUACGAGUUGAAACCAGAGAAAACAAGCGGUACAUAUGCCAAAGAUCCGAAUGCCCUUCGCUUCCAGCCUUUUGCGUAGAGGGCGAGGUCCCACUAGACUUGGAUCAAGCCACGAAUCGGUGUGGAUGCACAGCUAUUGUUCUAUGCGGUGUUCGGAUGAAAGUGCCAGAAAAAAUAUUUGCGCAUUCUUUCGUUGAAGUUAGUUGCGGUGCGUUUCCGCUCACAUCCAUGUUUGUGUUGAUAUCAUUGUUGGAGAUCCUAGGACCAACUGUCUUCUGUGUGGAUGCAGCAGGGGCUCUCCAUCAAUGGGCUCUGUCUGCCAUCGGCAGUCUCGAGAAAAGGCACGCUGGUGAUGCAAACGCCUGGGGUAGGUGGUGUGACGGGUAUCGUGAUCGUCUGUUUGCGCGUAGAUAAACUAGUCCUUAGCUCGCCAUAGCUCAUUGCAUGACUCGUUGUGAUCACUACUAUCGCACAGGCUUGUGGCCGGAAAAUAUCGUCAAAUUGCAGCUGAGAGAGGAAUGGGACUGGACGUUUCGUUGUGUGCUACCUUUGUAAUAGGCUUUCAAUAUGUGAAUUAGCCGCUUGUCGCAGGUGAUUGCAAGUUCGAGAUGCGCCCCGCAGGUUCUGGGGGCUGGUGGCAGCAACAUGGAAGUUUAGUUUCCAAUGGUGGUAUCGCCAGCGAGGGGACAUUGCUGGAGCAGCAUGGCGAAUGGGUCAGCGAUGAUUUUGCUCCCAUUUGCCACUUCGCAGAAGGUGGAUUGUUCAAGGAGCAAAGAGUCAAAAUCUAUGAAGAUUUCCUCUCGGAUCUGGGCAUUUCUUCUUUAAUCUGCCGUUGUCGCCAUGAUCCAAAAGGAUUUGAGCUAAGACUUACUUGGUCCGGCGAUGAUGUGUCUUCUUCUUUUUAAGAUGAUGUUCAAUGCAUCGGAUAGGUUAUAGGUUCGCAUCCGUAAAUCCGGAGCAUGAACCAAAACGUGGUAUCCCGCGAGUCUCCGAGUUUAAAAGGAUCAGUACACUACUGAGAAAGACCAGCUCAGGCAUUGUCAAAUGCGACACACAAUCAUUUGCUACAACGCACCCAGUGAAGUUCUGUGGAAGACGGCGUCUGAGCCAGCCCCAUUUCUCUUCUUGGAGGGUAACAUUCUGGAGCUAACCGCGGCGAAACGUCUCGAUAUUGAUGCAAUGAAUGCACGUGUGCAUCUUGCCGCACAACAGGGACAUUCGCGGAUGCCAAGUGUCCUCCGACAUCGGUUUGUGCGGGACAUGACUUCACAUCAAUUGUCGCUGCCAAAUGAGAUCAGUCCUAGGCACCCUCCUGCUACGAUUUUGGUUUUUCAGUCACCUCGUAAUAUAGUGGAUAUUGUAUGUGACCCUGAUGAUGAUAAUCGCAUCGCAAUUGUAUCUGCUGAUGGAGCCAUCGUUGUGGUCGAAAGUCUUUCCGUCACGUGGCGAUCAGAAUGUAAGAUUAAUGAUGCAUUUCGCCUUGUCGAAGCCAUCGUUUGGUGUGGGCCAUGCCUUCUAUCCUCUGGUAGUGGAGGUGAGCUCCGCUUUUUCAGUCCAGGCCCCCAAAAUUCGAAAGAACCCUGUACAUCACUUUCUAUCUAUGGUCCUGCAUCCGUUGGUGCAGAUUCAUAUCUUCAAGGAAAAUCAUGCGUCCAGAAUGUUGCCGUCUGCUCGCGACUUGUGGUCUGUUCUGCAGGAAAAGCUGUUUCGCUGGUACAUGUCGAGGUUAGGGGGAGAGAAAACCUUAGACUUGGUAGGCUUUUGACUCUCUUGCCUCUGUCUAGUACUAUUGUUGCGCUCUCACUCAUCCCAGAACUGCUUGUGGUGGCUACUCUGGGCCGGGGAUGUGUCCUUUGGAAAGAGCCAGAAUUUCUCGAGGCACCUGCACCACCAGAUGUCUUUCUGUCCUGUGGAGGUCCAUGCGUUACCACAUACGUGCUUGACCAAAUGGUUGUCGCCCCAUGCAGAGAUUCAACAGUCCGGUUUUGGAAGCAAGAUUGGGAUGCCUGCAAAAAUGUAAGUGGCCUUCGUUGUCGAGCCCCUGAAUGUUGCAUCAUGAGGGCCUCCUCAAAUCCAGAUUCUAUCAUUCUUGUUUUAGCAGAUGGAGAUGACGGGUUGCUUCUCUGGCCCCUUAGCUUAUCCAAUUCCCCUAGUGUAGUUUCAAGGCGGGCCCGGCGGAUUCCAAAUCAAAACUCUAGUAUAAAUACCAUUAGACUAGCGGCAGUGGCAGCUAAUCUAUUUGUCAUAUAUAAUGACGGCUCUAUGAACACUUUCAUCCUCCAUAAUGGUAGUAACGGGCUCAGUGCAACACUUACACAUGUUUAUGGAACAGACCGCCAUUGGCAAAGCACCAAUAUCAUCUACACCAUUAACCAGCGAUGCCUAGCUGUCUACGCUGCAUAUGCAUCUGGUCCAACUACAAAACUUGCUAUCUACAACCCGUUUGAGAUCCAUGCAGGCAAAACCAAUGAAUGGUGCAAAAAUCAUCACAAUGACGGGCUGCCAAAAAUUCAUAUUUAACAAGAAUCCUCAGAGGCCAUUCGCCUAGACAUGAUGGUUUGGGCGAGGGCCAUUUUUCCCAGCAGCACAGAACUAUUUCUCGAGCUAGAUAACAAAGGGCUAGAUAACAAAGGGCGAAAACUGCGACGAGAAUGACGCAUCUUUGGCGCUGCCUGACAGGCAACUUUGGCAAAAGCUAGGGUAGCUAGGGUGUACAAUUCACACGCGCCGCUUUUUAUGCCAAGUGGUCUUCACAUACGCCGUUUUUUGGCGAGAUCGUCGAGUUAGGACACAACUGAAAUCCACUUGCGAACUGAAGUGGGCCAGACGCUCGCGAUCUAUCGAAGUGUUCACGGGGCACGACGCGCGUGAGAUGAUUCUGCGGCAAACAGCUGCCAGCAGAGUGCACGAGCAAACUUUAGACAGGGUUCCUGCGCGCCGGUAUCAGUUAAUGCGGGUGCCGCGCCGGCGUUGCCAGUGGACAGUCUGAGGAUGCCAGUGCGGCUGCAUUAACUUGAAGGAAUUAAGUUCGAGCCGCUCUGA